AUGAACAGAUCGGUUAGUGAUUUACCUGUAGAAGAAAUAGGAAUAUCUUCGAUAGCAGCUUUCAUUAUUAUUUCGAAAUUAGUGUCAAUACAUAGAAUACCACAACGACGUACGCCAAAGGCGUGUAUUGGUUUCCGUGGUAGACUCGGGAACCUAAUGUUUCAAUACGCUUUUCUAUACAGUAUUUCUAAAUCCAAAGGAUUGUAUCCUGUAAUCCCUGAAAACUUUGAGCUCGGCGAUGUUUUCAAAAUUAAUAAAACGACGUUGAAACAAAUUGGCGAAGACAGCACUUCUUGUGAUAACAUUCCGACUUAUUCAGAGAGAUGGGCUUGUUCAUUUGAUGACCAACUUAUAAAUGUGCCAAUAUUUCAAAGUGCUAAAAUUAAUGGAUAUUUCCAGUCCUGGAAAUACUGGAUCCAGUAUGAAAGCAGUCUUCAUCAGACAUUCAAAUUCCAAGACAGAAUAUCAGACAGAGCCAGGAAGCAGCUAGCAGACAUUCUGGGAACAUCGGGGUUUACUUGUUGUUCCAGAAAUUCCACGUUAGUGGGAGUGCAUAUAAGACGUGGGGACUACACUUCUAAACUUGUGAAUGACUACGGUCAAAUUACUCCAAAUGCUAGCUAUUACGAAAACGCAAUGGAUUACUUCGAAAAUUUGUAUCCAAACGUUUUAUUUAUCGUUGCGUCGGAUGAUCUGAAGUGGACCAAGAAUGCGUUAAAGAACAGAACAAAUGUUUAUAUUUCAUUGGGUAAUUCUGGACCAGAGGACAUGGCUCUGUUGUCGCUAACUAACCACACAAUUAUGUCAGUGGGGACCUUCGGAUGGUGGGUGGCGUGGAUGACUGGGGGGACAACUCUGUAUUAUAAACCGGUAUUCGCCCCGGGUUCAAGUUUCGCAAAAGACUUUAAUAAUGACGCCAGUAAUUUUAUUUAUCCUGGAUGGAUACCCAUGGAGUGA